AUGAUAGAGAAUCCAACCGAAGAACUUGGAAGGCGAGCAUUUCAGCGGAGCAUAGCAUUGGUGCUGGAUAAUAUGGGCUUUAAAGCGGCGACAAAGCCAGUAAUAGAGCUAUUGGGACUUUUGGCCAAGAGGUACUUUGAAGAUUUGUGCAAAAGAAUGGCUUUACAUCGAGAUUUUGGUAUGUUUUUGCUGUUUGUUUAUUGUUUUAGGUGAUAUUGCUCCUGAUUUUUGUGGAAUUACCGCCGUUUUUGAAGGAAAACAAAUGUUUUUUGAUUGUCAAAAGAUGUAAAAGACGUAUAAUUAUUUGAUGAAACUGAUGAAACAACGUUUGCUUGCAGCAAUUUAGAUUUAGAACUGUAAAAAUCUUCUGAACAAGGCCUUUACCUGAAAUAAGGUCGUUGAACUGCUGGGUUGUAAGAGAUCUCAAUUUUUAAUUUCAAAUCACAGUUUUUAAGUAAAAAUACAAUUAUAUAUCUGAUCUUACAGCUGGUCAUGAAUUCCUUCGGUUAAAAGACAUGGAAGCAGCUCUGGAUGAUCAAGGUAUUGAUGUGGAAGAACUUUACACGUAUGUUUUACAAGUUGGAUCUUUUUAUCGUGGACCGGUGGUAAGUCAGUAUCAAUUUUCAUUUUCAAUGUGGUAGAUAUUAAAGGUGUUUUUCACAGUAAAUAACGUUUUAUAUUAACCUAAGUUUGUAUUAUUAUAGGUUAAGGUUUUAACAAAAAUUGUUGUUUUAGGUAACAAAUCAAGGUUUUUUUGGGUUUUUAUGGAUAUUAAUUAAAAUUUAUGAUAAAUUUGAACUUACUGUCUUGUAACUUUUAUUUUUAAUGUUCAAGGCGCAUGAUUUUUGUUUAAAAUAUUAUUUUAGGUAACAAUUAUAAAAAUUCAAGUUUUGAAAAAUCAAAAAAGCAAUGUCUUAAAAAUGCUUUUUAGAUACCAAAAUAUCCAGUGAAUCUUCAAGCAGUUAUAGAAGCAGAAGUUUAUUACUCAAAGAAGGAGAAUCCAAUAGAAAGGAGGAAAGUUAAAGAAGAUGGGCAUGUUCAACUGUAAGUCAAUGUUUCUUUGAAAAAUAGUGUCGUUUUGGGAAGUUUUAGAAAAAAUGCUUGUGGUUAUGGAUUUUUAGGUAAUAUAAAAAUCUAGUAAUUGUAAAAACUAACAAUUUAGGCCAUUCUUUCAAAAAUAAAAAAUUCUUUAGUAUCAGCUUAUAGGUAUCAUGGCCCAUGUAAACACAAUAUUCCGGAUUUUUCAAAGUUAACAGCAGUACAAAUGGGUUACGCUAAUAGUCUGAAGAUGCUGCCGACCAUUCCUAUCAGCUCAGAAAGUGAGACAACUCCAGUAAAAGUGGUUAAAAAGGCCAAACAUAUUGAAGUAGGUAUCUGCUACUGUUUCAUUGACUUUUUUGGUGAAUUAUUAAAGAAUUGGGUCCAAAAAGUUUAUGGAUUAUAUUAUCAGCUUUGUGGAUAAUAUUAAAAACUGUAGGUUCAACCCAAAUGUGAAUUAUGAGAUAUGGCUCAUUACUUUUUAUACAACUUAAUAUAUAAUUUUAGCAAAGAAAGACAGUCAAACGAAGAUUCGAACUGUCACAUAGGAAAGGCAAGAAGUCCAAACUUUCAAAACCCAAAAAGACAGUGUCAGACCCAACAUAUACGCUGAGGAAGGCCAAGUCGUCAGUUCCAAGGGCAGCUAAAUCAGAAGUUUUCAAACCCAGAAAGGAUUAUUAUGAGAAUGAAAAACCAAGCACUGAUAGGGUAAGUUAUUACUGUGUUUUAUACAUGUUUCGGUUUCUAUCUUUGUCAGUAGGGCCGAGCUUAAACUAGGGCUCGUGACGAGACCGGCCCUGGUCCCAGUUAUUGUAUAGGGACUUUAUGUAAGGGGCCGGGCCGAAGAAAAUUUUCUUCUGUCGAGGACCUUAGCGCCGGAGCUCAAACCAAGGCGUGGCCCGUAAGAUGGACCGAAAAAUUGAGCUCGGUUCGGUCACUUUACAGCUCUAGAUGGUACGGCUUUUUAUAGGGGAUGAUUGCCUGAGGAAGCAUUUUUUUGGUAGGAGUGCGGCUUGGUUUAAUCUUUUUUUGGAUAUGGGCAGGAGCGUCGCUGAAGGGUGGGGUGGAGAGGGGUGGAUCCACUCCCCCCCCCCCCCCCCGGAGCCGAUUCGAAAAAAAUUCUGCAGGUAGGUACCUGUACGCGAAAAAUCGAAAAAAAAAUUUUGGGUCUUUCCUCAGAAAAAAUCCGUAGCGACGCCCCUGGGUAUGGGUGCUGUUUGGUGCAGCUUGUUUUAAUUUCUUGGGUAGGAGGCUUGGUUCCAUUGUUUAGUUAAAUUUUUUAAAAAAUAUUGGAUUUUUUGCUAAUUUUUGGUUGAUUUCUGGAAAAAACAAUGUUUAACCUCUUUCAAGCCAAAACUGCCUGUUGAGGCGAUAUGCCUUAUUGUUUGAUUGAAAUUUUAAGUUUCACUUAUUAUUUUGCUUUAGUUUUAUCGAAUUGGUUGUAGAUGGACUUCUAUGAGGUAAACUCAACUUUUCAAAGUUUCUUUUUGUUAAAAUUUUGUUUUUUAGCAUUUCAGAUAAGAAAAAUUUUAGUUUGACAGGUAGUUGUUUUCCAAUUGAUAUUGUAGUACUGCUUUUAUAAUUUUGAAUGUUUUUAAAAUUUUUUGCUAGAAACUGAUUUUUUUGCAAAAUAGAGGUUUUUAUUAGGUUCAUUUUGAUUUAUUUUCUAUUAUUUCUGCUUUUUAUUACGGUUUUAUCUUGUUCUUCAUUUUUUAUAAAGUAAAAUUUCAACAUUUUCAGCCCCCCUUGAUCGUGAGCUUCAAAAACCUUCGAUCUCGUGAAGUUCUGGACAUUACGACAGCUGCACGAGAAGAGAGAAUCCGAAAAGAAGCGAAACAAAAGAAGAAAGAAAAGAAAAAGAAGAAGAAUAGCAGCUACAACUUAUCGGACCAAGGCGACAGAAGCUCAUCAAUGUCCGAAGCCAUAGAGACUUUUACCGAAAUCUUCGGAAAUGGCACGAUAAAUGAACAGAAUAAUAAGGCGGGCAAGGAGAAUGAUAAGUGAGUUGAUGUAGAGAUUGGGUUUUGAAUUUUUAAAUUGUUGUUGUUAUUUGAAACACUAAGGUUGUAUGUUAUAGUAACGUAUUACUGUGGCUUAAGCAGUAUUUAUAGAGUAUAAAUCCAAAAUUUGACUCCAAUACUAUCGACCAGUCGAAAGUAAUGACCAACUCUUUUCAGUGUAUUCAAAAAACCGUUACUGCCCACCAAAAAGAAGCCAAAAGUAAUGUUGCCAUCCGUGUUCGACAACUACAGAGUAGUGGAAUCCAAACUCGAGGGUCUCCGAAUGAAGUUCAAACUUGUCAAAAACGCAGUUUCUUCAAGCGAAAACGGCAAGCAAUGA